UAGUCGGUAGACUCCGUGGAAUCACGAUGCAUAUAUUGCGAAGAUAUCGAAGUGUCGACGGAUCAGCGAGAAGAGCGCUGCUCCCCUCCGCGAGCUUCUAGAGAAAAUUGUAUUGCUGUCAGUAGUCGAUGAACAAAGUGUUCUGUCGGCUCGGAGGAAACACGAAUAGAUCACGCUGCUCCGUAUGACAGACGGGCUGUCAUAUCUCGUCAGAAUCUACCUGUAUCCCCGAAACCUUCGAAGACAUUAGCGCAACAAUGGCGAUGGGCAAAGGAUUUCGCGUCUACGAAAAGCUAAAGCCACCAAGUCCUCAUUCUCUCAUAUUGGAACAACGAAAUCGAAAGGAAACAGUUCUGUUUGAGUCCCAAGCCGUUGCUGUACUCUCUGCAGAAGAAACAGAAAGUUUAAAGGGAAAAUACACAAAGUUGUUAGACGCGUAUGGAUGCUUAGGUGUCCUGCAAUUAAAUGCUGGAGAAAAUACGCUACUGUACCUUGUUCUUGUUACUGGAUGUUUUUCGGUUGGCAAGAUAGGAGAAUCGGAAGUAUUUAGAAUUAUACAGACACAUUUUGUACCUCUGCAUUAUACGCAAGGCAAUGAGGAUCGGGUGUCAGAAGUUAGAAAGGUUCUUAACUCUGGUACAUUCUACUUUUCUUGGUCUGCUGGACACCAAGAGCCUCUGGAUAUUACUCUUAGUGCACAAAGACGAUAUAAGUCAACAACAACUGAUAACAGAUUUUUCUGGAAUCGCAUGUUACACAUCCAUUUAUUAAGAUAUGGAGUGGACACAAGUUACUGGUUACUUAAGGCUAUGUGUGGCAGUGUAGAAAUUCGAACUGUAUACGUUGGACACAGACAAGCUCGUGCUCUCCUUAUAUCCAGGUUGAGUUGUGAACGAGCAGGCACCAGAUUCAAUGUUAGAGGAACCAACGAUGAUGGCCAUGUAGCAAAUUUUGUAGAAACAGAACAAGUGAUUUACUUAGAUAACGAAGUAACUUCCUAUGUUCAAACUAGAGGUUCUGUCCCUUUAUUCUGGGAACAACCUGGCAUUCAAGUUGGUUCCCAUAAGGUCAAAAUAUCCCGUGGGUUCGAGGCUUCUGCGCCAGCUUUCGAUAGACAUAUGAAUAUGAUCAAACAAAGAUACGGGCAGCAAGUGAUUGUCAAUCUUCUUGGGUCUAGCGGCAUUGGUAGCAAAGAAGGAGAGGCAAUGCUAAGUCAGUUGUUUCAAACUCAUCACAAUAUGUCAGAGCAUACAGAUGUUCCUCACAUUUUAUUUGACUACCACCAAGAGUGUAGAGGUGGAAAUAUGAAAAAUCUAUCGAAAUUAAAGGCAAAAGUAGAAAAAUAUUUAGAAUCUUUUUCAUUAUUUUAUGCUGCUAAUAAUACUGUUAUUUACGAACAAAAUGGGACUAUUAGAACAAAUUGCCUUGAUUGCUUAGAUAGAACCAAUUGUGUACAAACGUUCUUCGCAUUGGAGAUACUCGGUAAACAGCUUGGAUUAUUAAAACUGCUUGAAAAACAACAGAUGGUCUCAAGGUUCGAAGAAGUAUUUAAACAAAUGUGGAUCAACAAUGGUAAUGAAGUAAGCAAAAUAUAUGCUGGUACUGGAGCGAUUCAAGGAAGUUCUAAAUUAAUGGAUGGCGCGAGAUCUGCGGCUAGAACAAUACAAAAUAAUUUAUUAGACUCCUGUAAGCAAGAAGCUAUUGAUAUCUUGUUAUUGGGAUCAACUUUAAACACGGAACUAGCAGACAGAGCUCGAUUACUUUUGCCUUCUAAUAUGCUACAUGCUCCGCCAAGUGUUCUGAGAGAAAUGUGCAAAAGAUAUAACGAAUACGUAACCCCGAUAAAUCUUAGAGUAGGCGUCGGUACUUACAAUGUUAACGGAGGAAAACAUUUUCGAAGCAUAGCAUGCAAAGAUGUUUCCCUUUCCGACUGGUUACUAGAUGCUCCACGUAAAUCACCAACUCUAGUGUCAGUUGAAUAUGACAAUGUUCCUAUAGAUGUAUUCGCGAUAGGAUUCGAAGAAAUUGUUGAUUUAAAUGCUAGUAAUAUAAUGGCUGCUAGUACUGAUAACGCAAAAACCUGGGCGGAGGAAUUGCAGAAAAUACUUUCACGAGACACGGAAUACGUUCUGGUUACGUAUCAACAAUUAGUUGGCGUUUGUCUUUAUUUAUUCAUACGGCCUGUACAUGCACCUUACUUAAGGGACCUAGCCGUAGAUUGUGUAAAAACUGGAUUAGGAGGUGCAACGGGGAACAAAGGGGCUGCAGCUAUUAGAUGUGUAUUAUAUUCUACAUCUUUUUGUUUCGUUUGCGCGCACUUUGCUGCUGGGCAGUCUCAAGUUAACGAGCGUAAUGCAGAUUACGCGGAAAUUACACGAAAAAUUACCUUUCCCAUGGGAAGAACAUUGAACACUCACGACUAUGUGUUCUGGUGCGGAGAUUUUAAUUACAGAGUUGACAUGGACAAAAAUGAAAUGAAAGAGAUGAUCAAAAGGAACGAAUUUGAUCAAAUAUUACAACAUGAUCAAUUGAAGGUCCAACAAGAUCAGGGAAAUGUUUUCAAAAAUUUCUUGGAAGGCCCUAUUAUCUUCGCGCCAACGUACAAAUACGAUCUUUUCUCCGAUGAUUAUGACACCAGUGAAAAAUGCCGUCAACCUGCAUGGACCGAUAGAGUCUUAUGGAAACGUAGGAAACAAGUACCUGAUAUAGAUUCACCGACGGACUGGAAUCCAGGAAAAUUAAUUCAUUAUGGUAGAGUAGAAUUGAAGCAAAGCGACCAUCGACCAGUCAUUGCAAUAGUCGAUGUAGACAUCCAUUGCGUCGAACCCGAAAAACGGGAGCAUGUAUUUAGAGAAGUCAUCCAAGAUCUAGGUCCACCAGAUGGUACCAUAGUAGUAAAAGCAGUGGAGGAAUCCGACGACAUGGAUAGUGUGUUUGAUGGAAAUUUCAUGACGGCUCUGUUUCAAGAUUUUUCCCACAUUGGCGAUGUAAUUCUCGUCAGAUUUGUCGGUGAAACAAUGUGGGUGACAUUCAGAGAUGGACAAUGUGCAUUGUCAGCAGCAAGGAAGGGCAUGACUCAAGUAUGUGGUCAGACGUUAAAGUUAUCUUUGAAGUCUCCAAAUUGGGUACAACUUAUCGAAAAAGAAAUAGAACUUUGCAGCAACACCACUGUUGCGCAAUUUACUUCAACCUCUCCAGUAAGGAGCCCUAUGCAAAGAUUAGAACAAUUGGACAUAACGGAACGAUCUUCUCCUAGUAGAGGUAGUCCAAACGGAGUUGUUCCACCACCUAGACCAGCACCACCAGGUCGGCCGUCUCAGCCACCCAAGAGCCCGGUACAAGAUCGAAAACAAGGACCACGUGCUGGCGUAUUCAGCGUAUUACCCAAUCAAUUCCCAACGCCGUUAUCUAGAGAAAGAGUAGAGCCCGAACAAAGUGAAAGGCUAUCUCCAGAAUCCGCAAUUUAUGAAGAAAUAAUGGAUGGAUCUCCUAGUUAUCCCAUACCAAACCGUCCGCCACCGCCGUUACCUCGCACAGAUGCUUCGCAAGAGUCAUCUAGUAGGCCACCUAAUUCUAAACCUCCUCCUCUACCGCAAAGACAAGCUCCGCCUCCGCCUCAACAUCCUCCGCCUAGUUUACCCGCGUCAAACGUACCACCCCCCAUACCAGCAAGAACAUCAGGCGGGCCACCUAUUCCGGCUAGAAAUCCACAUUAAAUAACGGUAUAUAUCAUUCCGACGUGAAUCGAAUCACUAGAUGUUAUUGUGUAGCUAAUUAUUUAUGAAUGUUGAUAGAAAUUAUAGGUGAAAUAGUUUGCUUCCAAUUAACGUUGUACAGCUGUGUAGCCUACCGUAAACCUCAAGUUUAUUCUGUGAUUAGUCAGACUCUGUU